CUCUCCGAGCAGGGUCUGCCUUUCUGCGACUCGGACGCUUCGGCCCUCCCGCGUCCCGCCCCGCUCCGUUCCUCUCCACGCGUCCCCGGCGCCCCUCCUCUCCGCUGCCGGCUCUGCCUGCUUCUCGCCCGCUUUUUCUCUCCCUCUCUGGCGGAGAAAAGCGGCGGCGGCUGCGGCUGGCCCAUCGCCCUUCUUGUUCCUUGGCUUAGGCUAGCCGGAUAAAAGGCAACGCUGAUUCCGGCAGCCCGGAGUCCCCUCGGGUAUCUUCGCGCCGCGCGCCUUCGCCGACCCUUCUUGGAGAUGGCCGAGAACCUCAGCCGCCCCCGCCUCCUUUUCCUCCUCCUGGCCGUCGCCUUCGCCGCUCUGAGCGAGAGAGGAUAUGCUGAUGACUUCAGUUUAGAAGAUGCACUCGAUGACCAGCCAACCAAGCGACCUACUCACAAGCCACCCAAAAAGCCUUCUUCUAGUGGAACAGGUGGUUUUGAUUUGUCUGAUUACUUUGAUGACCCUCUGGAGACAACGACAAAGCCAGCAAAGGUGACCACUGGCCCUUAUCCAAAGAAACCAGAUGAUAUCCGCUGGAAUGUGCAGUACACCACCACCACCAAGCAGCCGAAAAUGACCAAGGCACCACCCAAAAAACAUCCAGCCAAAGAUCCCAUGGAUUUUGACUUAAGUGAUGCCUUGGAUGACCAAAAUGAUGGGCAAGGUGGUGGGACACCAGUUGUCAAUCCUGGUGGAGGCUCCAAAGGUAGAGAUGGAAGAGGUGGAAAACCUGGUUUCUCAGAUGAUGACCUCGCUGGAAUUCUGGAUGAUGGAGGCUACAAACCAGACAAGAAGAAAGGGGUCAGUGGCGGUGGUGGCAGCGACAGCAAUUAUAAUGAUGGUGCCCUAGUAGAGACAGGGACGAUCGCUGGCAUAGUCAGUGGCCUUGCUAUGGCUCUAAUCGGUGCUGUGAGCAGCUAUAUCUCAUACCAGCAAAAGAAGUUCUGUUUCAGCAUACAGCAAGGUCUGAAUGCAGAGUAUGUGAAAGGAGAAAACAUGGAAGCAGUGGUGACUGAAGAGCCACAAGUUAAAUAUUCUGUCCUAGAGCCACAGUCAGCAGAACCACCUCUGCCGCAAGAGAAUGCAAAGGUCUAAAGGUCAGGCUCGGAUGGGAAAGAAUUGGUCAACGGCAACCACAUACACGCUUCAAACAUGCUUGUAAUUUAGCUCUUUAUAAACAUUUAAGUUGAAUCCAAAGCUAUUUAAUGUGUGUUCUGACUAGAACAAGCUUCUUAUUGUGGUAGACUAUAGGCAGGUUGAAAUGUUUGUUUCUUUUUUCCCACCGUUUCUGUUUUUUGUGAAGAGUUGUAGGUUUACAUUGACUUGGUCAUGUAGGAGUUUUGUCAGAUUGAAUUCAAACCACAAGGGUGCUUCAAAGUGAUGUUUCAUAUUAGAUGUAGGGAUUUUCAUUAAUGAGG